AUGAUACUAGACAAGAGUUAUAAACUUGUAUUUAAAGGAACGAAUGGUUAGUUUUAUUUUCCAAUUGGUAAAUUAUAUUUAAAUUUUAGCUACCGGAUCUGAAAGGAAAUAUGUAAUCCAGACCGCCUUUCUUCGGGACACAAGGACUGGCCUUCAUGGUAUGCUUACAUUUAAACAUGAUGCCAUGCAAGUAUGGGCAAUGUGGGUCGCCAAAUGGUUUUUUGAUAUUUUUUAGACUGGAUUAUGAUAACAGUUUCCAAAUGGGACUUAAUAAAACGAUUGAACCUUUUGAUGGUCCCUUGCUUGAUGUUUCGGUAAAUGGAUGGGGCGAUGAGUUGAGUAAGUACUAAUUUGCAAAAGAACUUUUCUCAGCUAUUCUGGCAACAACUGCUUUUUCAUCGAUCUAUCAAAUGGCGUACGAUGAAGGAACGGAGCAACUGAGCUUAAAGAGGAUAGAAGUUCCAAAUGCCUUAUUCUCUCGUUAUCUGUCUGAACGAGAGUUGAUUUUAUAUGGUGUGUUAUCUUUAAUAUGUGGAAGGUUUAUUUUUUAGGUACAUCCGACGGGAAAUUAGGUCAUUAUUCAGUUCACGGAGACCCAAUUUUGGUGGUUGAUACCGCGGAGAAUGCGAUUCCUACCUGCUUAACUGUGGUAUGUAAUUCCAAGGGUUUAUUUUACAUGUUUAGAGUUCAAAUGGUCGUAUUAUUGCCUUUGGCGAUGACAAAGGCUCCGUCCAUCUACACGACGGUGACACCCUCACCUUGAUCUCAACCACCGAAUGUUGCUUUAGUUGUGUUACUGAUAUUGCAUUUGUUGCCGACAACCAACUUUUAGUGGCCGAGGAACGCGGAGCAGUCCAAUUAUAUUCUUGGUAAAUGGUUCUGGUGAAUUUAUAUCUGCUUUAGGGAGGAUUUGGGACCGGAAACGACCUGGAGUAAGAUACGUUCUUAUUGCGCACACGAAGGAUCUGUAAAUAAAAUUGCUUUAUGUUCGGCAUCAAAUGGCGAAAGAUUUGCGACGACUUCUGACGACAGCACUGUUUGUAUCUGGGAAUUGGGACGAGAUGAAGUUGUGCACAGAUUCCAGUAUGAGAAUGAAGCUGUAGGGUCACAAUCAUUUUAUUAAUUUCUUUUUGCAGGUAUGCUCGCUUUGUUUCUCCCCGGAUGGUCUUCAUCUUGGAGUCUCCACCGACGAAGGAAACACUUAUGUAUACACGGUUCCAGAAUACGGAGAGUUCAACGAAGAACAGUAUUUCAUUCCUUUCGAUGAUUUUAGUCACAAUUUUUGGUUAUUGCAGGUAAGUUAAUAUAAAUAAAUGUGAGUAUUUUUACAGGGAUUCACCGUGUUUGAUGCGCAAGCGUUGAGAAAACAGAUGGGUGUAUAUAACGACGAAGAAGAGGCGUUAAUAUUUAUUAAACACAAGCUGGACCCUAACGCCAAACUGAGGGAGAUAUUUGCCGAAUUUGAAGAUGAGAUGGCCUUGAAACAACAGGAAGAAGAAGAGGAGUUGAGAGCAAUCAGAGAAGAAAGGGAACGACAACAGAGAUUAAUGGACAGGAAAAUGCAGAUGGAUCUACUCCGAGAAGCAGCCCAGAAAGAGGGAGUCGAAUUCGUGGAACCUGAACUUGAUCCCAGUGAUGAACAAUAUCUACAGGAACUGCAAGAUAUGCAGGAUGAAAAUGAGAACCUGGGUCAAGGGGAAGGGGACCAGACUCUGGCUGAAAUGGCUGGAGUCGACAUCUCUGACAGUGAUUCUGAUGCUCCUCGGAAUUACGAAGACGAAAGCGAUGUCCCCAAGAGUCCAGUUCUUCCAAAUGGGGAUCGUUCGGCUGAAGAAGAGAUCAGUGAGAUCGUCGAGCCUGAUGGAGGGGGCCAAAGAUCUGGCGAUGACACCAAUGAAGACUUGGCCAAUCAAUUGUGGGCCACAGAUGACGAAGAAGAAGGAAAUAAUCAACUCAAAUCCCCUGUUCAAGAGAGAGGAAAGACCAAGACCGAAGAGGAAUUGCGGAAGAUAUUCGACGAGUGCAUCGACACCACCGCCGACCUCACCAAUGAGGGGGACCUCCCUGAAUCAGGCCCGGAGCCCGGCUCUUCUCCUCCACCCAAUAACAACGAACCCAGAUCUCCUCUAACUGACCACAGUCCUGGCGAAUAUUAA